AUGCAGGAGUUCCAGUCCAUCCCGGGCCUGGCCGGGCGGCUGUUCGGCGGGGCCGGGGCCGGGGCCGCCGACCUCCGUCGCGCGCAGACGCAUGCGCAGCAGGGCCCCGGGGCUCGGUGCGGCGGCGUCUCGCCCGCAGCGCCGCCAGAGGCGGUGAAGUGCCCGCGGUGCGAGUCCACCAACACCAAGUUCUGCUACUACAACAACUACAACCUGUCGCAGCCGCGGCACUUCUGCAAGAGCUGCCGCCGGUACUGGACCAAGGGCGGCGUCCUGCGCAACGUCCCCGUGGGCGGGGGCUGCCGCAAGACGAAGCGCGCGUCGUCGUCGUCGUCGUCCGCCUCGUCCGCCACGUCGUCGGUGCCGUCCACGCCCACGUCGGGCGACGCGGUGGCCAACAAGAACCCGCGCCGCCCCUCGGCGUCCUCGCCCCGCUCCACCAACAGCGGCAGCGCGAGCCCCACGGCCGGCGCCGCGACGACGACGCCGGCCCCGACCCCGACCACCCCCGCCACGCCGUUGUCGUCGAACAGCGUCGCCGCCUUCACGACGAGCAGCCACCACCACCACUCGAACCCCUUCUCCACGAUCGACGUGGUGGAGCCACCGGCGCCGAUAUUCGCCGAUCAGGCGGCGGCGCUGGCGUCCCUCUUCGCGCCUCCCCCGCCGCCGCCGCUCCCGGUGUUCACCUUCGCGGCGCAGCCGAAGGUGGAAGCACCCACCAUCCCCUCGGAGCUGCAGCCGGCGCCGUCCUCCUCGGUAGUCUCCGAGGACAUGGCGCCGUUCGCGUCCCUGGAAGCCGCUGGGAUAUUCGAGCUCGGCGACGCCGCGUCAGCCGCGGCGUACUGGAAUGCCGGGAGCUGCUGGACGGACGUCGUCCUGGACCCCAGCAUGUACCUACCCUAG